AUGUCGACCACAACAAUGAUCAUCACUUCACCCCAAAAAACAUUCCAUGUUGACCAUUACCCGUUCGGGAGAUAUAAAAUCAAUGACUCGGAGAUUCUGAAUAUUCUCAUCGAAAGUUUGACUUGUUCACAUCAACAAGAACAAAUCGUGUUAGAAAAAAAUUAUAAUCAAAUUCCAGGACUCUUGGGACUUUCAACCAUCAAUCAUCAUCAUGUAAAUGAUCACAACCAACAUGAAGAAAAUUCAAAAAUAAUAACUUUUUGGAAUUGUUGGUACAAUCAAGAGGAUGAAACAAAUCCUUCUUCACCAAUUUUACAUCCAUUCAGUCAACUCCUCACCACUGAUUCUCAUCCUAUGAAUAGCAACAAUAAUAUCAACAAUAAUAAUAUAGAACAUUGUGAAAUUAUUUCAAAUUUAUUAUUUAUUUGUAUCAUGCAUGGUGGAUACUUUUCUGGUGGAAUUUUUGAUUUUGAAAGUGGAAAAUGUCUUGUUCAUAAAACCUUUUCAAAUUAUGUCUCACGAAAGAAACAAGGAGGAAGACAAUUGUCACACGAUAUUCAAACAGGUCAUAAAGCAAAAUCAGCAGGUAGUGAAAUUCGAAGAAAUCAAGAAAAACAAUUUCAAGAAAAAUUGCACACUCUAUUCACACAACAUUGGAGAAGAUAUUUUGUGGAGGGAUUUCCUGUCACAUCAUCCUUGUCAGAGAAUAUGCAAUCCAACAAGAAGAAUCAACAAGAAUUACCUCGUUCAGAACUGAACACUACCACCAUAGCAAGUAAUGUCACUUUUCAAAAAGUAUUUGCUUCCAUGGUGUAUUGUCCAGGUUCUCUGAAUCGUGACAUGAUUGAGAAUUUAUUGUGGAAUGAACUUGGCGCCAAAAAUAUUCCCAUUCGAAAUGUUCCAUUUCAAGUUCCAAAACCAAAUUUUAUGAACUUGUUGACAACUUUUGAAAAACUCUGUUCCGUACAUAUUUGCUCUCGAAAAGAAGAGUUACUCUUGAAGAAUGAUGAAUGGAUGAAUCAUGGUGAUUUGAAUUCAAUAUCACUGCUUCGAAACCUUUCAGAAAAUUCUUCAACGGAUGAAGAAGAACAAGUUUCAAGUCAUGACGAAGAAGAAGACAAUACCUCUGAUGCAAAAAUUCGAAAAGAACAACGAUUGACUGAAGAAUAUUUGAGAAAUUAUCCAAGUCCAUUAUCACCUCUCUCUUCUUCGAAUGAGGAUCAUGCAGAGAAUUUUAUUCAAUCUCCAAAAUCACCACUUUCACCUCUUCUUCAAUUCUUUGGAUUUACAGACAAACAUUCAUCCACUACUACUUCCACUACUCGACCUGUUCAUCGAUCCAAUAAGAAUAACAUUGGUCUCAAUUCCACACUGAAUCAAGGACAACCAAUUUUAUAUUCCACCAUGAAAAAGAACCAUUCUAAAAAAAAAUCAAAAAAAGGAAUCGAUUUAAAGACGAUUGAGCAAUAUAGAAAUGAAACAGAGAUGAGACAACAAUCCUUGUUGAUUUGGGGAGGUAUUUUUGCAUUAGCUGCUGCUACCAUGGCUAUCUAUAUUUGGAACUUUGCAGAAUCUUCCUCUAAUAAUGAUGAUUACUAUUAA